AUGUCUUCUAUCAUAGAAACUCGUCAGAGCCUCGUCGGCACUUGGAGCCUAGUUGAAUACAAAGCUACCCAUAUCGACACCGGUCACAUUACCUAUCCUAUGGGCCCAAAUGCCCAGGGGUUUCUGAUGUACAGCGCAGACGGUUUUAUGUCUGCGCACCUCAUGCGACCAGGAGCCACUGCUUUCUCCGACAAGGACAGAAUUAAAGGUACGCAGGAGGAGCAGUCUCAGGCGAUGUCGCAUUAUCUAGCAUAUUGUGGCCCUUAUGAUCUAGAGGAAGCAAACGGAGGAAUUACAGUCAAGCAUGACUUGAAGGUUUCCUCUUUUCCCAGCUGGCUUGGAACGGAGAAGCGCCGCCUGGUUACAUUGAAUGGCAACAAUCUCGAGCUGAAUACUGCUGAUGCGUAUAUCGUUGAUGUGAGCCUUAUCUCAAAAUUCCCAUAG